AGUAUGAAGGUCUUCGUAGUCUUGCUCCUGGCCAUCGCCUCCGCCUCCGCCGGGCUCCUGCCCAAGAUCGCUCCGGUUCAUCCUCGUGACAGGACCUCGGUGGCUUCCAUUAAUGGUCGCAUCACCAAUGGCAAGAACGCUGUGGUGGAUCAGUUCCCCUACCAGGUGGGACUCAGCUUCGUCGGAUCAAAGGGCAGUUGGUGGUGCGGUGGUUCCAUCAUCGAUAACUCCUGGGUAUUGACGGCAGCUCACUGCACCAACGGUGCCUCCUCCGUGACCAUCUACUAUGGAGCCACGGUCAGAACCAGCCCCCAGUUCACCUACACCGUCACCAGCUCCAACUGGAUCCAGCAUGCCAACUACGUUUCCCUUACUGUCCGCAACGACAUCUCCCUGAUCAAGACCCCAUCCGUAUCCUUCUCCGCAUCCGUCAACAAGAUCGCCCUGCCCGCCAUCGCCAGUAGUUACUCCAGCUACGUUGGCCAGACCGCAGUUGCCUCCGGUUGGGGAAUGACCGCCGAUACGGAGACCUCGGUCACCAAGAACCUGCAGUUCGCCGACCUGACCGUUAUUGACAACUCCGUGUGCCAGAAGACAUUCGGAAGUUUGGUGGUCACCAGCAGGGUUAUCUGCGUCGCCACCACCAAUGCCAUCUCCACCUGCCAGGGCGAUUCUGGUGGUCCCUUGGCGUUGGAUGGUACUCUCAUUGGUAUUACCUCUUUUGGAGCGAAGGAUGGGUGCGAGAUCGGUGCCCCAGCUGCCUUCACCCGGGUCACCAGCUACUUGGAUUGGAUCCAGACCAACUCUGGCAUCUCUGCUUAAUGUUCGGAUGAGAGAUAAAGAAAAGUUUUAAUAAAAUAUCA